AUGGCACAAGACAGGCUCGACGGGAUCAACCCUUGCCAUGAGCACGCCUGUGACCUCCAAGAGUGUCUCAACAAGUAUCCCACACAGCACGAUAAGUGCCAAAACAUCCUCGUCGACCUCUACCGGUGCUGCAACAAAUUCUACGCGACCAAGGGUACCUCAGCUCAGGUAGACGCCUGUCCGAUCCCGACUGCGACCAAGAAGAAGUUGGAGAGCCUGGGGCAGAAGGUCGACUUUAAGGCAUAG